AUGUCAGUCCUGUGCCGGGAGCAGACUCUUGCUGUCUGGGCGGAGCGCGAAAAGUUCGAGAAGCUGGGCGUCAAGCUCAUCCUGACCGUUCACGAGUGGAAGCAGCGCGAGAUUGACGCCUUUGCUCCGGAGUACUGGGGUGGAGCUGUGUUCUACGACCCCGAGCGCACCUUCUACGCAGCUGUCCACGGCGGCAGCGUCAAGAUUGCUUCUAAGCUGAGCCUGCUCAACCCUUUCAGCACCGGAUUCAAGAACGGACGUGCCGCAUACAAGCGCGGAGUUGUGAAGGAUUCCAACUUCACCGGCAAUGGCGUCGUGCUGGGGGGCGUCCUGGUAUUCAAGGCCGGCGGCGAGCUCGUGUACAGUCACGCCGAGUCUGACUUUGGGGUACACCCUCCAAUGGAGGAUCUCAUCGCAGGCGCCUCCAAGGCCGCCGCUUGA